GAAUCUAAAAGAUGUACCUUUCCCACACCCACUAGUUAACUUGUAAGCAAACCAAAUAUAUAUCUAUAUAUCCUGUUUAAUUCACAUUAUAUGUUCACAUGGUUUUGAUAAUCCUUUUCAUGGUGGCAUUUUCUCUAAUCAUAUAUUUUGAUGACAAGCUCAUCCUGUCCUUAAGGUUAAAUAUAUACAAUGCAUAUUAUAGAAAUGCUAUGUGUCUGGGUUUUUCCAUUGUAUAACACACUGUUUGUUUUCUGGCCUGUUCAGUUAAAGUUUUCCCCAGUGAUUAAUGAUCUUACAUUUGCUAUGUUUGGAAAAUAUCCUUUGGUUAAUUGUGGUCGGGGCAAGGAUGAUAUUUUGGGAAUAUGUGUCAGACCCUACUUCCCUGUUUUUAGUAUCACUUCCCCUUAUGUAGGUUGAACACAAAGCUGUCUUAAUUAAUCAUACGAUUAUUGGCUAGACGUAUUCGUCAAUGUUUUGAUCACAAGAUUGUGCCAGACAACCCAGGUGACUAAUGUUUCCUUUUUGUAUCCUAUAUAAUGUGAAGGAUGUCUAAUAAAAUUUUGUCUAUGAUUGAAACUGCAUCUCGGUGUCAGUGUCUUUCAUGGUCCUCUGAUAUCAGAUUUCUCUGCUGCUCACCUCAGAUCCUCACCUAACAACCUAGGUACCGAACUUAGAAGAAAAUCUCAUACUCCUAGACCUGCUUAGAAUUAGAUUCUAACAGUUGGGCGCUCGUCCGGCGAAAGAGGGGAACAUCCUCGAACCGGAGACCGAAUUUCGAACACCGCAGAUCGGGGAGGACUCUACAAAAAGGGGGGCAAGUCUCAUCAAACGGGAAACAGCUUGCUCAAGCACCGGAAAGGAAACUGAGAUUUGAUAUACUGUGUUAGUAUGCGAACAAAGGGGCCACAUGCAAUGUGACUGUCGUUCCAAGGGGGCGCAAUUUUAAUCCAAGGGCGCCAUCACAUAGACAGUCAAUGCAACAGCCACAGCAAGUGCAUCAGAAACUAUCUGACAGUAAUUUCCAGACAAACUGGCAUAACAAAACACAAUGAAGAAGUCCACAUUUAUUUGAUAUUUGAUAAUGAUAAUGAAAGUUAACCUUUCUUAAAUUUAAUGGUAAAAUGCAUAUAUUUCUCUUGGAUACUGAAGUAUUAUUAAUGUCUUCAUCUGAAUAUGAGGGACCAACUACUGAUAAAUUUGCUCUUUGGGUAUUAUAGAAACUGAAAUGUUCCGUCCCAUUACACCACCUCUGGAGGUAAGAGCUCCAGGUGUCAAAUCAUUUAAAACACAAAUUUCAAAUCAUACCAGAUGGUUGUCUUGAUUGGCUCGGGCGAGACAUAAUGCAUAACUUAAAUAUGGAACAUCAAAAUUUCAUGAUUCUCAUGUUGUUUUCUCUUUUAUGUCAUGUUUACAGACAUACAUUGAUCCUCUGCCUAUGGGGGGAGGAAGUGAGAAGGCCGACCAAGACCCAGUAACCCCCCCAUACCACAGAAUGUAGACACUUUGAUUAACUCAUGCCUAUGGUCUUAGUCAAACAAAGAUACAGGUUUCAUUGAUAUGAAACCAUACAAAAUUAAACUUAAAACCUGUGUACAUUACACAAUAUCCUUUGUCAAAAGAAAAGGAAGAUGGCAUUAAACCUAUUAUUCACAAUUUUGUUUACCAAGGUGUCUUCAUAUCUACACGCCAAACAACACACCGAUCAACCCGGUGGUGAAUGCUGAUGGAAAGACAUGAUGUCUUACACAAGAAUUAAGAGCAAUCAAUAAACUGAUAAUUCCUCUGUCUCCAAUUGUUCCAAAUGUGCCGACUGUCAUAAAUUUUAUACCAUGCACACAUAAGUAUUUCUGUCAUUUAUUUGUGUGCUGCUCUUGUCUCUCUGUUGCAGUGCAUCCAGACGCACAGCCACUGCUAGCCUUAUAGGAUAGGGGGCGCAAAUACUGAGAAGGGUAUGCUGAAUCACCAUCCGUCCUCUCCGCUGCGGUGAAAAAGACAUGAAAAAAAAAAAAAAAAGAUCGACUUGCUGUCUUCAGUUUGCAUUCUGCAGUAUGCUGAUGACAUCAUGGUCUCUGCUCUGACUGAAAAGAACUGUGAGAAAGCCUCCAUUAUCGUCUGCAAUAUUCUGGGGAAUGCUGGUUUCAAAGCAUCAAAAGAAAAGCUCCAGUGGGUCAAGCAAAAGUUCUCGUACCUGGGUCACGUCAUAAUGCCAGGUCUUCGAAAAAAAACCCUCCACAGAUCAGAUUGAACUGAUCCGGAAGAUGAAAUUCCCAUGAACUGUGUAACAGCUCCAAAGUUUUCUGGGGUUCAUAAACUUUUGUCGCUCAUGGAAACCUGAGUGUGCUGCCCAUGACAGACAUUUGCGGAGUAUGAUUGAUCACAAGGCAUCGCCUGCAUCACUGAUAUGCUGGACUAAUAAAGCAGAGACUCAUUUCAUGGCACUGAAACACGCCAUUACUACGGCCCCAGCUCUGGGCCAUCGAACUAUGCAAAGACUUUUCACCUGCAUGCGAGAGAGGCGAAGGGUGUGGCUCUGGGUAUCCUUUGGCAACAACAAGGUUGCACUUAUAGGCCAGUGGCAUAUCUGUUUAGAAAACUAGAUAAUGUAGUUACAGGUAUGCCUGAAAUGUCUUUAUGCAGUGGCUGCUGAUGUUCUGUCUGUACAGGUGGCUGAGAGAACGAGGCUGUCACAGUCAAUGACUCUACACAUUAUAUCAAGUAGGUACAUUUUUACACAACACAGGACGGCACAGAGGCGAUCUGGGUAUGAGACACUGUUGGCAACCAAAAAUGUAACGAUCCAGCCCACUUUUAACAUUAAUUCCACUUUUGAUGGGAGUUUUGGGACUGGUAGACAUGACUGAGCACGAUCUAAAACAUAACUGCAUUUUGAAUUGACCACUUCCUGUUCCUCUAGGGCCGAUUAAAUGGACUCGCCCCUAGAUGGGGGGGUCAGAUCUAUAUGGAUGGCUCAUAUGCAAAGCCAUCGGACAGUGUCUACCUGUGUGGUUAUGCUGUGGUGUCGGAUACUGGUGAGGUUAUAGAAGCCUUUGCUCUAAAAUACAACUCAGCACAAGCUGAAGAAUUGAUAACUCUAAUACGAGCUUAGGAGCUAAUGAAAGAAAAGCCACAAUCUACACAACUCUAAAUUUUGUAAAAACAUGGGAAGCCUGAGAUUUUAAGACAACAGAUGGUAAGUCCCUUUCAUUUAAAAAUUCAUAAUAAUUCAUUUAAAUUUGAUAGGACGGUUCACAAAAGCAGUACAGCUACCGUCUGAAGUGGCAAUAGUGAGAGUAAAAAGUCAUGGAUCAGGAAAUGAUCUGUGGGAAACAAGAAGAGAAGAGGAAGCUGCCAAAGCAGCAGCUCAAGCUCAAAUUGAAUGACUAUUUGAGUAUGAUGUCAAAACAGACCUUGCUAUGGCUGUGCAAGUGACUAACAUAUAUGAUAUUGACAUAAAUAAAAAAUUUAACAGAGUCAACCGACGCAGAGUGACCUCGAACACUGAAGCAAGCGUGUACCAGAUGAGAAGGGAGUCAUGAGAGACGAGAGAGAGGGAGUAGCACUUUCAAAACUGGGACUGGUAAUUUUAAUAAGAUAUUACCAUGAUCUAUCACAUACCUGUAGAAAAAGUUGACUAAUGCAAUAAAUCAAUUUUAUUAUAUUGCAGAUGUAAAGAAAACCAACAAAUUUGAUUUUCAACUCAUGUCUAACCUGUGCAAAAGUGAACCCGCCUCGAAAAACAAAAAGAUGCGUUGCCACACCCCGAGGCACCUUGUUAACAUGAUCAGAUUGAUUUCACACGCAUGUCGCCGGUUGGAAAUCUAAAAUAUAUUUUUUAUCAUAAAGAGGAUCCGCAAACUGUAGUUAAAAUUUAUGACAAAAGGAAAUUAUUCUUCGUUUUGGCAUACCGAAAACAACGGAAUCUGACAAAGGGACACCUUUUGUGUCCAGAGUAACGUAGCUCUUAGCUAAAGCGUUGUAUAUUGAUUGGCAUUUUAAUAUCCCGUAUCACCUACAAUUAGCAGCUGUCAUAAAGAGAACGGAUGCGAAAAUUAAACAGACGAUAACCAAAGCUGCGUUAGAAACGGGAAAGAAAUGGGUAAUUUUGCUAUCUGCUUUAUUAUCAAAAAUAAGAAUGAUUCCAUCUUCAACCAAAUAAUUAUCUUCAUUUGAAAGACUAAUGGGCAGGCCUUUCCCCACCCCUUGGGUGAAAGGCCGUGCUGGCAUUUCUUCACCAGGUGACCUGGAGCUGAUACAGGAAGACUACGUGGUGUCCAUAAUUGAGAAAUUGAACUCUAUCUGUGCUAAUGUUUCUUUAUCUCCCCCCUCAGAAAACCCUACUCAUUCUUUUGCUCCGGGACAGAGUGUUCUAAUUAAGAGUCUGAAACCGACAAGGGUUGGAGAGCCAAACUACUACGGCCCAGCCAAGGUGAUUGCUAUCACCAGGACCGGGGUUCUGACUGAUCAUCAGCCGCAGUGGAUUCAUGCCUCGAGGCUGAAACACCACUCUGCCAUGGAUCAGGACACCGGAGACAAACCCAAACAACGACUGCUAUUCACGGAGAUCAACGGAGAACAACGAGUGAGAGAUCUUGCUGGAAGCUCAACUGCCAGAAGGAUUCGAACCGUGUACAGUGACCGAAGCUUUCAUCAUCUUCAGCGAGCACAUUGUGAAAGCAGAGCAAAGAGAAUGGAAGACAACGAAACCAUCACACAACCAACCCUGCAAAAGCGAUUCGUAGAUCAUAUGCUGUGGUAUAUGUUUAUUUUGAAUGAUGAUGAUCUGAAAGUUUAAAGAAAAAUACAUAGAUAAAUGGUUUCUUGGGGAAAAAAGGGUUAUGUAGGAAAUUGCUAUUUGUAACAAUUUGACAACUGGGAAGAAUAUUUUCUUAAAGUAUAUGAAACCAGUGCUUUCCAGAUGUGUACCAUAACCCUGUUAUAUGCCGUGAGAAAUUGAGGGUAACAUUAACUGUGCAUGCCAUAAAUAAUAUAUCUGGAGUAAAUGGAUUAGUGAUAACUCGACCAUAGAAGGUGAACCCAAAUGACCUAUGAUGCAAAUUGUGAUUUUCAAACAUGAAGCGAAUGCAUUUCUAUUCUGAUAUAGGUGUGUGGGAUCAGAUGUGAUCCACUAUCGUGUAUCAAAGGGGCCAUUGUAAGAAUCUAAAAGAUGUACCUUUCCCACACCCACUAGUUAACUUGUAAGCAAACCAAAUAUAUAUCUAUAUAUCCUGUUUAAUUCACAUUAUAUGUUCACAUGGUUUUGAUAAUCCUUUUCAUGGUGGCAUUUUCUCUAAUCAUAUAUUUUGAUGACAAGCUCAUCCUGUCCUUAAGGUUAAAUAUAUACAAUGCAUAUUAUAGAAAUGCUAUGUGUCUGGGUUUUUCCAUUGUAUAACACACUGUUUGUUUUCUGGCCUGUUCAGUUAAAGUUUUCCCCAGUGAUUAAGAAUUAGAUUCUAACAUGGGGCUUUACGGUUGGUCCGGUGUGUGCCUGGGAAUGGUAUGG